UAUGUGAGCGCGCGCGAAAGAAACCGAGAGUUUGAGUCCCAUCAGCGACGGCAAAAACCAAUCAAAACUCGCGAAGUGUUUGUGCUCGACUAUCCUUGAAGCUUUUCGAAGGUCUGUUUGGCUUUGAUACAAAGGGAACAUUCUUUUUUUUCUGUGUUUAAUGCCUCACCUCAGCUCUGUGGCACAUUUGGUGUCGUGAUGUCUAAUUUGUUUUCAUGCACUUGCUGGAACAGGUAAACUGUGAUCAUACACCAACGACCCGACAUAGAAACGACGCCGUAUCUACACCUCACUGCAAAAGGUGCUGGAAGCCAUGGAUCAUCUCACCUCCAAAUUGCAUCUUUACCUUCCACUUUUCAUUGCCGUUUGCUUCUUGCCUGGAUCACAGGCACAGACAUCGAUACCCAGGGGCUGUGGCACUAAUGUGGACUCUCUUUAUUUCAACCUCUGUGACCUGAGCACAGUCUGGGGUGUUGUAGUAGAGGCGUUCGCAGCUACUGGUUUGGUGGCCACCCUCAUUCUUCUCCUCGUUCUUUUGGCCAGCCUUCCCUUCAUCACUGAUAGGAAAUGGCGCAGUUCAAUGGGGCUACAUGCAGGAUUCCUGAUCUUCACGUUUGGACUUUUUGCCCUCUCAUUUGCCUUCAUUGUGGGAAAGAACUUUGCCACAUGUGCGUCCCGACGCUUUUUGUUUGGCAUAUUGUUUGCAGGAUGCUUCUCCUGCCUUCUUAUGCAAUCUGUGAGGUUGAACAUACUGGCUAGGAGAAACUCGGGGCCUGGAGGUUGGGUUUGGUGCCUCGGGGCCAUGGGCCUCUGGCUGGUGGAAGUUAUCAUCAACACUGAAUGGCUUAUCAUUACGAUUGUUCGGAACCCCACGAAUGCCACUGGAAUCCUGAGUAAUGCCACGACUGUCUCCUGUAACAUUGACAAUAAGGAUUUCGUUAUGGCUCUCAUUUAUGUGCUGAAUCUACUGCUAGCAGUUGUGGUCGCAUCCAUGCUCGUAUUGGCAGGUAAGCACAAGCGUUGGCGAAAGGAUGGAGGCCCCAUCCUGGUCACAGCACUGUUAUCGGUGGGCAUCUGGGUGGCAUGGAUUGUCAUGUAUGUUUAUGGGAACCCAAAGCAUGGAGGGCCAACUUGGGAUGACCCCACCUUGGCAAUCACACUGGUAUCAAACGCGUGGGUCUUUGUACUGCUAUACACAAUACCAGUGAUGUGCAGUCUGAGUGAAGAUGAAGAUGAUGAUUUAGCCAUUGAGGAAAAUCUGUACCCCAGUAAAGGGUACGAGAACAUUCUGAAGGGGCAAAGUGCACAGAGGAUAUUUGUGGAAAAUAAGGCCUUCUCUAUGGAUGAACCCAACGCAGGUAAAAUGCCUCUGUCACCAUACAGCGGCUAUAACGGCCAGCUCCGAAAUAGUGUGUACCAGCCGACAGAGCUAGCCAUCAUCACCAAAGGAGUUGGGAAUCAACAGGGGGAAACUCAUGACCGUGUAAUUCCACGAGCAUCCACAGGCACUCCACCCAGAGCCCAGAGCGGCGACACCAGCCCCUCAUCAAAUCUUGAUGAUAUGAGACAAAUAUAUUCAAAUGGGAAUUUCCACAGAAGACUCCAGUGAUCAGCUCCAGUGCCAGUUUUAAUUUUUCCCCUCCUUGGUGUUUCUAAUAAUGAUUUUGUGAUUUCAUUUCAUUACUGUUUUUGGCUGCAUGGACCAACUGCCGUGAACUUGAGUAGCUGGCAAACAGUAAGUCAGUUUGCUCCAUUGAAAGACAAUGUGUAAUUUCAUGAUACACAAUGUAUGGCUUUUUUGUUCACAUUAAAGGGACACAUUAAAAAGAUUAGUUGACACCAAUGAUUGUAUAGACUACUGCAAUGCUACCAGCUUUGUUAAUUAAGACAAAAUAAGCACAGACCAACAAAAGACUGUAAAAUACAUUUGCUCUUAUUUACCAUCACUCAUCCUGCAUAAGGAGAAAUGCUGCUUGUAUCACUUGUAUAAACACUGAAGUUAGGCAUUACCUUAAAUAUGCAAAAGCCUUAAUUUAAAAUUGUAUAUAUAUAUUCUGUAUAAAAGAAAAACAUUUGCAAUCACAAUAAUUUGGUGCAGCAUCUGUUUAAAAGAGCAUCCAUGUUUAUUACAUUGUUUUUCCGACCUUGUAUUUGUCAAUGUGAAAUUCUUGAGAAAAUCUUGCACCAUGAAAUGCGUUAUGAUUUCAUUACUUUUUUCAGACUGUAUUCAAAUUGAAUGUCCUGCUUAUUAUUGUACAUAAUUUGAAAUUUCAGCAAAUUAAAAAUAAACGAGAAAUUCAAUAUGAAAUUUGAUGUAUUUAUUU